AUGGGCUGGUUCAGCUCGACCCGGCAGGGCUUGUUUACUAUGGCUGAUGAUCUGGAGCAACAGCCACAAGGCUGGCUGAGCAGCUGGCUGCCUGCUUGGCGCCCCACUUCCAUGUCUCAGCUGAAGAAUGUGGAAGCCAGGAUCCUUCAGUGCCUCCAGAACAAGUUCCUGGCCCGAUAUGUGUCCCUCCCAAACCAGAACAAGAUCUGGACGGUCACCGUGAGCCCGGAGCUGAGGGAUCGUACCCCCCUGGUGAUGGUGCAUGGCUUCGGGGGUGGCGUGGGCCUCUGGAUCCUCAACAUGGAUUCACUGAGUGCCCGUCGCACUCUGCACACCUUUGAUCUGCUUGGCUUUGGGCGAAGCUCGAGGCCAACGUUCCCCAGGGACCCUGAGGGGGCCGAGGACGAGUUUGUGACAUCCAUAGAGACAUGGCGGGAGACCAUGGGGAUCCCCAGUAUGAUCCUCCUGGGGCAUAGUUUGGGAGGAUUCCUGGCCACCUCUUACUCUAUCAAGUACCCUGAAAGAGUUAAACACCUCAUCCUGGUGGACCCAUGGGGCUUUCCUCUUCGACCAACGGACCCCAGUGAGAUCCGUGCACCCCCAACGUGGUUCAAGGCCGUGGUGUCUGUCCUAGGGCGUUCCAAUCCACUGGCUGUUCUUCGAGUAGCUGGGCCCUGGGGGCCUGGCCUGGUUCAGCGAUUCCGGCCGGACUUCAAGCGCAAGUUUGCAGACUUCUUUGAGGAUGAUACUAUAUCUGAGUAUAUCUACCACUGCAAUGCACAGAAUCCCAGUGGGGAGACGGCCUUCAAAGCCAUGAUGGAGUCCUUCGGCUGGGCACGGCGCCCCAUGCUGGAGCGGAUUCACUUGAUUCGCAAAGAUGUGCCCAUCACCAUGAUCUACGGGGCCAACACCUGGAUAGAUACCAGCACGGGAAAGAAAGUAAAGAUGCAGCGGCCGGAUUCCUACGUCCGAGACAUGGAGAUUGAGGGUGCUUCGCACCACGUCUAUGCAGACCAGCCACACAUCUUCAAUUCUGUGGUGGAGGAGAUCUGUGACUCAGUUGACUGAGCUGCUGUCCCUAGAAGAAAAGGAGAAAGCCAGAGAGUCGCUCUCACCUCCCUCUCCGCUUACUUGCCCCUGUGUCCUUUCCUCACCGACUAACAUGUGCCAGCCAGGCAGUCUUGGGCUGUCCCCAGGGCAGGACCACAGUGAAAAAGAGCACUCCUGAGCCCACGCGAAGGGUUGGAGGCCGAAGCCGCACUUGAGCACCCCACCCCGGGGAAAAACAUAAAGGGUUGCAGAGCGCCACCCAUUCUCUCCAUGCCAAGCGUUACCCAGAUGGUGGUUGUGAAGGGAUCACACUGAGCCACGUUCCCUCCCUGUGCCAAAGGGAGGGCGGCCUCUGCCCCUGGGCAAAGGAGAGGCUCCCGGCAGCCUUUCCCAGUUCUGGAGUGUUUGUGGGGGUAGGUUCCAAGCAAAAGCAUCCUCCUCCAUCACCCCCUAGCCUCCAUUCCAUGCCAGUUUUGUCCAGAGUCUGGUUGGAAGCUAACUACCAACUAACUACUGACUUCUUAACUACCAAGAGCAGGUCGCGGAGCGCCCUUGACCUGUGGAGUCCCUCCCACGACCUAAGAAGUCCAAUCCAAAGCCCUCAUUAACGGAUGAGGAACAGGCCAGGGCAGGACAGGGCUGGCCCAUGGUGAUAUAGCUCUGCUCCAGGAGAGCUAAGGCUAGAAUCCAGGUCUGCUGACACCCAGUACUCACUGCAGACUCCAUUUUGCUAACGUUCAAGGGAGGCACCAUUGCCAUGAGGCUGGUCCUGAUCACUGGCCGAGGGUAAGCCCAUCCCUGACCCACAUUCCAGCCCCACUGUGCAGGGGUGCUGUUGUCCGGUCCUGUAUCUCAGCCCUGGCUGCCUAAGCUGGGGACACUCAAGUGCUUCCUUCCCUGCCCCCUCAUCCUCCCAACUGGGAGGCCUCUUGGCCUCCCUCUGUGCCUUGGGCCCUGAAGCCCCACCUGUAGGGUAGAGCAAAGGUGGCCCCUGCUGGAGAGAUACGGGAAAGGCCCUUCAACCCCAGGGCUGUGUCUGGAUUCCCUGUUUCCACUAGCAUCCACGGGGUUUUUCUACCCUGCCCAUGGUCUGAUGGAGAGCCUCAAGCCAGCAGUUCCCUGUCCUCAUGAGCCACAGGAUGGUUCUCACUGCCUGGCCCUCUAUCCCUGCCAUCUGUGCCGUGGUCUUCAGCUCCUCCCACCCCCGACCUACCUGUCACUGUCUCCUGGGGGCUGGUCCAGGUGCUGCUCUGAGGUUCUGGGCAGAGGGCUGGGCCUGGCCCCAGAACCAGGGCAGCUUCUGUCCGCUCCUUGAGUUUUGUAAAGCCAACCCUUUCACCAGAAUAGUAUUAACUCCUGGUGCUUUGUACUACUGGUCCAGCUGCCUUGGGCUCCUUUUCUAUAUUAAUAAAGAAAUGAG